AUGUACAAGUCAUUCUUUCUGUUUUUCAAAAGGGCUAACACACUGAAGACAUCUGAUGAUACUUAUUUUAAGAGCUGCAGAUAUGAUCUAGUCUCCAAUCCGUACUGUCCAGUUUUCACAAUCAAGAAUAUCAUAACAAAAACCAAAAAUAGAUUUGAAGAACUGUCUCUUCUGGGUGGAGUUGUUAGAAUUGAUAUUGAGUGGAAAUGCAAUUUGGAUCAAGCAAAAGUCUGCACACCACAAUACUCUUUUGGAUUGCAAGAUAAAAACAACAACUUCAGAACAGCUACUUAUUAUUGGGACAAAGAAAGGCGUGAACACAGAGACCUCCUAAAACUCUACGGGAUCCGAUUCGAGAUAUCAGUGACAGGAGAGGUUGGCUUUCAAAGAGCACAUAUCUCACUGCAUUGGUUUAGUAUUUGCUGUUGGAUGACCUUCUACCUUCUAUGUCCAGGCAAGAAGAUUUAG